UGGCGUAGACGUUGUAAUUUACCUUUCAGGAAAAUUUUAGUAUUAGAUCUACCGGCUUGUGCAAUGGUUUUAAAUAGACCGAGUUCCUCGUUUUUGAUUUAAACUGUGAUUUGUUCUCUCAAAUCUUUUGAAUAAAAGGAAUGCAAUGCGAUGAUCAAACAAACAUUCCGCAAAGAAAGACUCCAGAACGUAAUUCCUGUUUUGUUGUUUAUCUUUGUACCGAUUCACCGCAUAUAAACAAAACCCUCCCUUAUAAGGAGGCCCGAAGUUUACAGGGAAGUCGGCUAUUUGAGAAAGUUAGGUUUUCAUUUACAUAAUUGCUACUUAUCAAGUUCUCUGAGUAGUUUUUCACACGCGAUAAUAAAACUUUCUUGUUGGAAAUUCACGGAAUCGUCUCAGUAAUUCAGUGGAAACUGUCACGUUAAGUGACAAUGACGUCAUGUUUUCAGUGUGGUGUGACAGUUAUUUUGUUUUGUGAGAUCAGAUGUCAUUGAAGACCAAUCAUUUUGGACAAAACACAAAAUGUAAGCCCUCAAGAAUGUCGCCCACUCUCUUCGGGGUUAAUUAAUGGAACAGGUAACACCCCUGCUGUAAAUCACUCGGGACUCAUCUCCAAACGAAGUCAGCUCUGCUCUGUGUAGUUGAUCUGUCUGAUCGCUUAUUAAAGUGUAUGAACUGCGCUCGUGAAUUAGUUCUCUGGAUUUGUGAACAAGGUGAAUUUUCGGAGAGAUUUCGACUCGGACGUCGUCCUUGAUUACUUCGAAGCGGCUGGCGCGAUAUUUCAAUGUUGGUGUUGUUAAAAAUCAGCCAACCCUAAACAGCCGGCAGCCGUCGUCGUCGAAAAAACGUUUGCAACCAUGGUUGAACUAUCUACGGAGGUACUUGUAGAAUUUCAGACAGGACUUUCUAAAUUGAGUAUUUUCCUUCAAAACAUUUUGCUGAAGGAAUCUCUCAGCUGUGAGGCUGACACUCAUAGAAAAGAAUGUAUCACCCUUGUGGAAGGAAUGAAUAAUUCUUUGAACAACAUGAAGAACAAUAAUCUUAAGGAUGGCAGCCUUCUCAAUGCUGGACUGUCACUUUCAAGCCAGUCGCUAAAUGAAACCAAUGAGUUCAAUGGUAUCAGUGAAGAGGGGAUUCCCCGCAGUGAAUCUCUUCCAGACAUGUCCAGUUGUGGCCAGUCUGAGAAUUCAGAAACCUGGCAAGCAAGCAGAACAAAAAAGGGUUGUUAUGUGGAUCGCGAGGAAAUAAACCUAAACGAUUUACGUGAACUUGUUAUUUACCAUCCAAUUGAAGAAGAGGAAGAUGAAUCAGACAAUAACAAUGAUGACAGUUGCAAUAACUUAGGCGUAAAUACACCAACUGAACUAAACGCUUCUAAUCAUUCUCCUGUCAAUAAACGAAAGAGUCGCAAGAGAGACAGUGCGGCUUUGUUUGACAUUUCCCUUGAGGACUUGACAGAGCCAGAUUUUGCAGGACUCCUUAAAGAAAAGCACAGUGAAAAACUCUGGUGGUGUGUUCUUAUUGAUCAACACCUGUGCAUAUUUCCUUCACAAGAUCCAGAUGAAGUGGCAUAUGAUGUUCUCAUCAUGCCUUGUUGUCAGAUCUCACUGGAUGACCGACUUUUGCGCACUCCUGUGUUCAGACUCACGCAGUCUGGCAUGGCACCCUGGGUUUUUGUGGCUUCUAAUAAUGAUGAACUUAAAGAGUGGAUGAAAGUUCUCACAAUAGCAGCAUCUGCUGGUAAACACUCAUCUUCUCAGGCUACAAAUUCAAGUGAAAAACAAUUCUCUGUUGUUCCACAAGCACCUCUUAUGCACUCAAUUGUGGAGGAAGAAGAAGAGCCUGUUGAUGAUGAAGAACAAUCUCCCCUAUACCCUUUAAAAUCAGAAGUUAAACCUGAUUCUUCUCAGUUGCACAAGGAUUCUUCUGGGUUAAAUAAGAGUGAAGACAAUCAUACGGUAAGUUAUGUGAAUGCAGAGCCUUUGGAAAAUGGACCUGACAAAAAACCGUUUCCUGCACUGCCAAGAAGACCAGAUGAAGUUGAUGGAGGGCAGUUUGGUGAUGAUGUUUACGAAGCAGUAGCAAACUUAAAGGCUUCAGGCGAAGAAUUUCAAGAUGAUGGCUUCGCUACGGAUGAAUUUGAUUCAGGCUCUUCAGAUGAGGGUGGUGUUCCACCAAGCCCUCAGUCACAGCCAGUACAACAGAAAGCUAAAAAGAAGAAACAGUUCUUUCAUUGGCUUAAGAAAAAAGCAAAGAAGGACAAGCUCUUCUCCAGUCCCCAGGAUGGGGUUGCCUUGGCAGGGUAUGCGUACAAGGCAAAUGAGACUGCUAAACGGUGGUUCUUGAUCAGAGAAAAGAAGCUGCAUUGUUAUAAAACAAUUAAAGAUGAUGACCCUGAUAUAACAGUUGACUUGGACGGAUGUGAAAUUAAAGCUGGAGAAGAAGAAAGAAGCAAGCUUGCCAUUCAUGUACUUAGAGAUGGAUUGACACAGUUUACUCUCCUUGCUAAGAGUGCAAAAGACUGGGAACGUUGGAAAAAAGCUUUCCUCAUAGAAUCUGGUUUCAUUAAACUUGCUGUAUCACCAACAGAUACAAGUUCAGGAGUUUUCGAGCAAGACGAUGAAGAUGAUUAUGUUACUCCUGUAGUUUCUCCAGGUUUAGAGAUGACAUCCAGUGCAACAGAGAAACCUAGUUUACAAAUUCACUCAGGAAGUAACAAUCAAAGCAUGGAUGAAGCAGAAGAGGAAGAUUUUUACAUGGAGGUUGUUCCUUCAACUGCUACUACGGCUGAGAAUUUUAAACCAGCAUCUCCAUCGUCAAGUCAGCUAGAUUUGGGGCCUCUCCCCCCGGUUCCACCUGAACUGCCACCUCCAAGAAGUCCGGAAGGAACAAAGGGGGAAGCAGACAGUGAGAAUGGUGAUAAUUUAAUGGAGAGUGAAGAGAUUUAUGAGGAGGUAUCAAGCUCAGUGGCGCAUGCCGACAAAGUAAUCAAAUGGGACGGGGUUAGUACUACUAGCAAAUUGGACAGCACCUCUGCUGGUGUUCAGAACAAGCCCACCGAUAAAGCAAGCAAAGGUCCCAUGCCUGCUGGUGUAUCAGAUGGCACCAUAGAGGACAGUGCUAUCACAGCAUCAUCAUUUAUGGACACUUCCUCAAAGCCUUCUGCUGGAAGGCUUAAUUUAUCAGAUGGAGUUUGGUGCGCAAAAGUCAAUGACAAACACCAGUAUCUCCAAAUUGACUUAGGUGAGGUAACUAAGGUAUGUGGAGUGGCGUCACAAGGAAGACCAGGAUUCACAGACCAAGGAGGUUGGUUUGUGAAGACUUACACACUUGCUUACAGCAAGGAUGGUGAAAACUGGGCAAAUUAUAAAGAAUUUGGGAUAGCCAAGGUUUUCCAGGGUAAUCAUGAUCCCGACACGGUAGUGACUAACAUUCUAAAGAUGGCUGUGAAUGCUCAUUACUUGAGAAUUAAGCCGCAGUCAUGGCACAACCAUAUAGCAUUACGUGCUGAGGUCUACAAAGGAGAAGCUGGUUCCAAACUGACUGCUGGAAUCCACAAACUUGCUGACACCCUCACCAAAACAGGAAAAAAGAAAACAUUUGACAGGCAAAAUACUCCAACCUCUCUUACAGAAAACCAGAGUGAAGAUGAAGUUGAGCAGGUCAGCUAUGUUGACCGACAGUCGUCUGCAGAAUAUCUGUUGAAUGGAGAUGAUGAAAAGAAAACAAAAGAGCAGGAGGUUGUUGUCCAAAAUGGUGGCAUAAAUGACGAAGAGGAGCCUGAAGAGGAACCUGAAGAGUACCUUCAGCUUGUUAGAGAGCCCAGCAACGAGGAAAAAGAAGUUGAAUUGAAAGUUCAACAGAAAAUAGACGCACUUCGGAGAGGAGAGGAAGCUUCUCAACCAGUUGGGAGACAUGAGGUAUCACAAACCAUCUUGGUUAAGAAGAAUUUAUAUGAAAACAAUCAACAAAGUGAGUCGAAGGCUGAGCAAAAGAUAAACAGUGUAACAAAGGUUAAAAAGGAGACUGUGCUGAUAACUAAGAAAGAAGUUAUCGUGGAGAGAAGGGACAUCGAUACACGACCACGAAAGGAUUCAGGAUCAGAGGCUGACAAGGAAAGGGAAAUGUUGAACAAGACGGAACAAGCUUUUCAAAGCUAUGCCAAACAGCUCAAGAAGGAGGGUGGCCAAAGCGUGAAAGAAAACAGACCUUCAUUAGUCGCUCUAAGCAGACUGAAUUUCGAAGACCCUCGUAUUACAAAAACUAAUGAGAAUGUAAGUUAUCCCGAGAAAAUGGAGGCCUUGCUGAAAGAGAAAGAAGAGCUUUUGAAGAAGAUGGAAAGCCUGAAAAAGAGGAUUACAGUUGCUAAGGACAGAAAAAUAUUCUUCAAUUUGUCCACCACCAGGUCAAAAGCUACGGCAGAUGCUGAUGCAGAAUUCCACGAGUCCCAGUAUGAAUUGGCAAAAGCCAAGAAAAGACUGUUGGAAAUUGAGAAUGAAACAAAAAAUCUGAAAGUGAUGGAGUUAAGGUACCAAAAGACUCCUGAAAAGAGCUCAUGGCAAAACCCGAACAAGCCUUUUUUACGAAGAAAUAGCAGGGAGUGUAAGCUUGGAUCGGUCGACAUCCCAGCACCUAAGGUUGUUUCCUCAACGGCGUCUUCGGAAACUGAAAAGGAACUUGCACAGAAAGGAAGCGUAUUAUCGCAGAUUAAGGCCUUUGAACAGAUGAAGAAAACAAGUGAAAAGUAAAACCAAGAACUUCUAAAACACCUGCUUGAGUGGUAGAAUAUUUCCGUUUCAGAAAUAAUUUUUAAUAAAUUGGAAACUUCAAUUUUCUCUCUGAAAAAUAGCUAUAGCCAGGAGUGCUGAUGUUUGGAUAUUCAAAAUGGAAGUCCAAUCAUCUUUCCCGUAGGACAAAAUUACUAUUUUAGAGGAAAGUUUCCUUCAUGUUUGGUUCUCUCAUAAGAAAUCCUAUUACAGUAAACCCAUUUGGUGGGAAUAGUGCGUGCUGAAGUUUACAAUUGGUUUGUACACAAUUGUGUUAACGACAUUCGUCAGGGUAUUGUAUUUACACUACAUUUUAGCAUGCGAAGAAUUGUCGUUUGUAAUACAGUGUAGAAAGUAUAUAUAUAUAUAUAUAUAUAUAUAUAUAUAUAUA